UAUCUGUUUGAGCUCUCGGCUGAGCAUGUUGUCAGAAUGACUUCUAUUGCAUUACACCAAUAAACUAGUUAAAAAAAGUUGUUAAACUUUUAGAAGGUAGCUUAGUAGCUGUUAGAAGUUAGUUUAGGGCUCUACCUCCGUCAGGCUGGAGCUAUCGGAUCCAAAAAACUGGUGGAGUGGCGGAAAGUCGUGGAGGCACAACAGACAACACUCUCGAGGGGCAAAGAUGUCCCGAGAGAACCACGAUGAGAGUGUGGACCACGCCGUCCUCUUCCAGGACGUCUGUGAAGUGGAGCCCCCUGACCAGGAGUGCUGCAAACUAGUCACCAUCAACAUUUCAGGUCUGCGUUUCGAAACUCAACUCAAAACCCUCGCAAGGUAUCCGAACACGUUACUGGGAGACCCGGUUAAAAGGAUGCGGUUCUACGACCCGCUCAGGAACGAGUUCUUCUUCGACAGGAACCGACCCAGUUUUGAUGCCAUCCUGUAUUACUAUCAGUCCGGCGGGAGGCUUCGGAGACCCAUCAACGUGCCGGUUGAGAUCUUUAUGGAUGAAAUCAAAUUUUACGAAAUCGGCGAUGACGUCAUCGAUCGUUUCCGAGAGGACGAGGGUUUGUUAAAAGAAGACGAGCGUCCCGUUCCGCCCAGUGGGUUUAAGCGUCAAAUCUGGCUGCUGUUCGAGUAUCCCGACAGCUCAGGUCCAGCCAGGAUGAUCGCUAUAGUAUCCGUAAUGAUCAUCCUGAUAUCCAUUGUUAUCUUCUGUUUAGAAACCUUGCCGGAAUUUAGAGAGGAUGAUCGUGUGUUCAACAACCACCUUGCGCCGAACGGAACGACUGCUGGGAAAAGAUCUAGUACGUUCACGGAUCCGUUCUUCUUGUUGGAGACCAUCUGCGUCGUCUGGUUUUCCUUCGAACUGUUUGUGAGGUUUCUUGCAUGCCCGAGCAAGCCCGCCUUCUUCAAAGACAUCAUGAACAUCAUAGAUAUUGUAGCCAUUCUUCCAUAUUUCAUUACUUUGGGUUUAGAUCUUAGCGAAGUGGAGUCGAACUCACAGCAGACCACGUCUCUCGCCAUUCUGAGAGUCAUCCGCUUGGUGCGCGUCUUCAGGAUUUUCAAACUCUCACGGCACUCCAAGGGUCUCCAAAUCCUCGGGCAGACCCUACGAGCGAGUAUGCGAGAGCUUGGACUGCUGAUAUUUUUCCUUAUCAUCGGCAUUAUAUUGUUCUCCAGUGCGGUGUACUUCGCCGAGGUGGAUGACCCGGAAUCGUCUUUUACUAGUAUCCCAGACGCGUUCUGGUGGGCGGUUGUUACCAUGACCACUGUGGGAUAUGGUGACAUGUACCCAGUGACAAUAGGAGGCAAAAUUAUUGGGUCGAUGUGUGCCAUUGCAGGAGUUCUUUCAAUCGCCUUGCCUGUACCAGUAAUCGUGUCGAACUUUAAUUAUUUCUAUCACCGAGAGCACAGCGAGGAGGAGCAAGUGGAAUACACGCACGUAACUUGCGCUCGCCGGUUGCCUGUCCUGUGCGACCAAAAUAAAAGCGACAGUAAACCCUCUCUAGUAAUAUCAGAGCACUCAGAUGACGACGAGUGGAAUUCAAUAAGCGUGUUAAAUUUCAAUCCAUCAGAGGAAUAUACAGGCAAACUCACAGAUGUAUGAGAGCACCAAAAGCGCGCGCAUCUGUGAAGCAGAAGCUGUAUGACGACAUUUCUUCUCUAUAAAGAAGACAGAAGUUCAUAUCACCUGCAUAAACAAGCAAUAUGUGUGUAUUUUCGUCAGUAGCGGUCUGUCAGAGAAAGAAGGUGAAAGGAACAAACAGACUAACUGAUAUAAUUCACUUUUUCAAUGUUCCCAUUAAUGUGUAUAAUCCAUAUGAUAUUUAUAAUAUUAUGCGGAAGCAGUCCCUCCAAGAUUUCUUGGGAUGCUUUUCCGAUUUUUGCGGCCUAAAUUGACUGAUUUUGCUGCGGCUUUUCUCAAAAUUUGCACCAUUUCUUAUUGUUUUGCAGUGAAAAUAUACCACAGACAACAUUCUUCUAACGUUGUUAUGACUUUUCUGACUUCAAGAACCAUUGUAGGGCUCCAGACUAACAUUUGAAGACACCAGCACCAGUGCCGUUAAGUUCUACAGAAGGUGGCACCAACACCUGACAGUAAAUAACUCAUUCUAUAUCACACAUGUACAUCUCAGAGAUGUCUAUUUGAUGUCUGCAAUUAUAUAUGCAAGAUGUAUUUUUUAUUUUUGAGUGUUUUCUCAUCUGCAACAUGUCUCUAAGACGUUUCCUGUCAGAUGUCAAAUAGACAUUUAUUAGAAUGCAUGUAAAACUGCGUUUGUCAAGAUUACACAGCAGAUGUUUCCCAGAGCAUUAGCAGACGUCUCACAGAUGUACUUGUGCUGUCUGGGUAGUUGAGAUGCAGAUAAAAUAAACUUUUUUUCACUGUUAUCAAAAGUUGUGUAAAGCAUUUAAUAACACUAGAAAACAUUAGACAAUUUCUGCCACAAGUUGUUCUUGUAGUUUUACUAUGUAAAAAUCCAUGGUGAAUGGUGGUGAUCUGUUUAUUUAUGUUUUUCCUGGUUUCCACAUCAGUGGUGUUUGUUCUGAUAUAAAUAGCUUUAACAUAAUUCUGCGCCAAAUUUGAAUGGUUCUUGUAAGAUUUCACAGAGAAUCCUGGUCAGGCGUAUAUAUGCAAAUUUUUUCCCCCGUUGAUUUAUUAUUGCGAUUAUAACGCUAUUAUCAAUGCUAUGUUUAUAUCGAAUGUAUCAUUUGUGUACGUAGCUUAAGCACAAUUGUCCGUAAAUAUAUAAAUAGGCUAAAUAUUUGGUUCAUCAAUUAGUAGCCUAUUAAUUUACAAAUCAGCCUCUCAAAAAAAUUCUCACAGGCCGCUACUGAACAUUAUAUUUAUAUUAUCUUUGUAGUAAUGUAUAGCCUAUUGUAAAAUAUUUGUAAUCUAGAAAUAAUUGACAUAUCAUUUAUAAAAUGUUUUAAGCUUUAUUUAAGCUUUCAUGUCUUUGCCUUGUGAGAUAGCCUAUUGUUCUUUAAAAUAUCUCAAUCUCUGCCUUGUGUAAUCUGUGUGCUUUUAACAUGCAAAAGAUGUUCUUUGCAUAUGUUGUCUUUUCUCAGGAUAAAAUGUAAUUAUAUGGUCUGACACUGUAUGCCUGUUACCUUAACAUCUUGGCCAGUUAACCUGCCCACAUGACAGCUGCAGACCAAGUGGACAAGCUAUUUUUGUUACAUGUUAAUGAGGUAUUAAUUGUUAACUUAUUUUUGAUAAAUAAAUAUUUUGUCACAUUCAUAAUCAAA